AUGGAAAAUUUAAAUACUAUGCAAAAGAGAAACAAGGAACCUAAGACUAAGAUUCCAGGUAAUCAUAAGAAAGGUAAUACUGCCGAUGCAGUCAAAGUCUUUUACAAAGGUAAAGAGGCCGAUUUGAUUGUAUUCGCUAAUACCGAAGCUGAUGUUCUGGCGUAUAGAGCUGAUCCACAAUUAACUGAAUUACCAAAUGUAGUAGAUGUUUUCCAAGUAUUUACUGCAGGUAAAGGUGCCAAAGGUAAUCUAGGUGAAGCUUCAAUGUCUCAAAUGCAACUAGAGUUUGGUAAUGACAAGACAAUUGAACAAAUCAUCGAUGCAAUCUUAAAACAAGGUAAGAUUUCAGGUGUAGAGAAUACUGUCUCUAAUAACUCUUUCGAGAAGUAA